CAGGCCACAAUCCCAGAUGGGUAUUUUGGUCCAUGUGACAAGCCCCCAGAGUCAUCUGGCCUUGGCCAUCCCCAGGAGUCAGCUCCCCUAUAAAAGGGCCUAUCGUCAUGCUCCUCUGGUGGGGGUGUGGAGAGCAGCAGGGACCAUGGACUUCAUCAGCAUUCGGCAGUUGGUGAGUGGAGAAAGAGAUGAAGAGAAAGUGUUGGGGUUUGGACACUCAGCUCCCGGUCCGAGAGGCAGGCCUUGUGACUGGAGGCUGGGGCCCCACGAGGCCGUGGCCUGGGAGAAGCUGAAACAGGAGGAAGACAAGAGAUUGGAAAAAUUCAACAGUUCCAGAAUGAAUCUGGAGACACUGGCAGACUUAGAAAACUUGAUUCAAAGACAGAGAAAAAAGCGACUAAGACGGAGAGUCCCUCCCAGGGAAUCUGAGCCUGAGGCUGAGCUGCAGCCCCAGGGCCAGCAGAAACCUGUGGACCUAGAGAUGUUCCUGAAGGCAGCUGCUGAGAAUCAGGAUUCCCUGAUUGACAAAUACCUGACAGAUGGAGGGGACCCCAGUGCCCAUGACAAGCUGCACCGCACGGCCUUGCACUGGGCCUGCCUGAAGGGUCACAGCCAGCUGGUGAGCAAGCUGCUGGCAGCCGGGGCCGCAGUGGACGCGAGUGACCUGCUGGACAAGACCCCUGUGUUCUGGGCCUGCCGGGGAGGACACCUGGACAUCCUCAAACAGCUGCUCAACCAGGGAGUCCAGGUCAAUGCCCGGGACAAGAUCUGGAGCAUCCCCCUCCACGUGGCAGUGCGAACAGGCCAUUCCGACUGCCUCAAGUACCUCGUGGAGUGUGGGCCCCACACUGAUGCGCAGGACAAGAUAGGUGCUGGGUUUUUCAGGAGACUGGGUGAAGGGGCUGCCCAAAAGGGGCUGCCCGAGCUGCCUGCCUAGGGGCCAGGAUGCAGGCAGGAGGGGACCUCCCUUCUCCACACAAGGGAGACACAGCUCUCCAUGAAGCCGUGUGCCAAAGUCACUACAAGGCCAUGAAGCUGCUGCUGCUGUAUGGAGCAAAGCUGGGUGUGCAGAACGUGGUUCGUGUGGCUGGCAAGGCCUGGGGUGGGGUGAGGCUGGGGGUACAGGAGGACUGAAUCAGCAUCCUUGUUCCAGGCCUCCCUGACCCCCAUCCAGCUGGCCCAAGACUGGCAGCGGGGCAUCCGGGAAGCACUGCAGGCCCACAUCGGGCACCCCUGAACCCAGUGCUGACUACACAGACCCACGGGGUCACUCAGUCGCCAUUCCAGCCCCCUGGGCUCUCUGCACCACACCUCGUAGUCCUCGGCCUCAGUCCUAUUCCUCUUGGGCCCAAGGCAGCCCUGUGAGGGCCGGCUGGUAGAGGCCAGGCGCCUGCUGUGUGGAGCACUGCAAUCCCUGCUGGGCCGAGGCUGGGAUGGGCUGAUGCAGGGACCACAAGCAGUGGGUGGCAAAGUGGCACAGAGUGGGAACAGGGCUGGAGCAGGAAGUGAUCCAGUGGUGCAGAAGACUACAUCUCCCAGUGUCCCCUCAGCCUCAGCGUGGGAGACCAGCUCGGUGGAGGGCAAGGUCUGGUCUCCUGCACGGUGACAUAGAGGUGGCUGGCAGUUGCAUCCCAGACACACGAGGAGACCACUCGAGACCAUGCCGGCACAGGCACUGGUGUGGCUGCUGCUGCCCCAGGUGGGUCUCUGGGCCAUUGGUGGCAACCUGAUGGGUCCAGAGCAGCUCUGGUCCUCGGGACUUAGUGGGCUCUGGGGUCUGCAGGGCCCUCAGGGCUUGAGGCCCACGGGACAGAAGCCAGAACCCUCCAGGUUGCCUCAGAGGCCAAGGGACGGCACCGGUUUGGCUGGGGUUGCUUGUAGCCCACUCAACUCUUGGGGCGGCCGCAACCCUGGCUUCCCUGGGGCUCUGCUGCCCCCUGGUGCUGGAGCCCUGCAGCUGCCCCGCCUCUGCUCCACCUUCCCUCCCUCCAUCCCUCCCCUCCCCCACUAGCAGCACACUGAGGAGCUCUGCGCCCAGCUGGCAGCAGGGCAGGAAGGGACACCUGGACACCAUCCUGCCCUGGCCUGUGGGCCCCACUCUACAACCUCUCCUGACCGGCUCCUUCUCUUCCACUCCUCCCAGUAUAAACAUGUACACUGGCAGGGUUGGCUCCUUAAAUGCCCUUAACAGAACCACAGGCUGGAGGAGGGCGAAACGACAGAGGCUCAGCCUCCCUCAGGCGGUCCUGGGUCGUAGGCAGCACCCAGGGUGGCGUCCAUCCAUUCAGCAGCAGUUAUUCCUAGUGUGACCAUGGUAGGCUUCUCAGGCCAGAACAAGGCUACCACUACUAUGUGAAAAUGCCGACGUGCGCCUGCUCUGGGCCACACACCUGUCCAUGGGCAGCUCCUGCCCUGUGGUAACAGAACCUGUUUGCACCAUGACACAGGUGCCACGGGCAAAACAGGAACUUAAGUCUACGGAAAUGACAAGUCCUCAUCUAGAAAUGAGGACACUCAAGUGACAAACAAAAGCACCUUUUUAUACGGAUCAGUACUUUUCAUUAAAUUGGCUAUCCAUCA